AUGCAUUACAAGAAGCAACAAAAAGUUGAUACUUAUAAAAAAUACUUGAUAUAUUUCUGGAAAUAAGAAUAAGGAUAAGAUUUAGAAACAGAAACCUCUUUAGGAAUAAUAGUAGUAAUAGAUUGGGAAGAUAAAUAAAUGAUAUGA